GCCAAAUUAUAUUUACUUACAUUAAAAAAGGAAAAACCAGAUAAAAAUGUCACGACAAGCCUCCAGACUCGACCCAAAAAAAGUGAACUCGGAGUUCCUAACGCUGACCUAUGGCGCACUGGUUACGCAGAUGCUGCGUGACUUUGAGAAUGUUGACGAUGUGAACAAGCAGCUGGAGCGCAUUGGCUACAACAUGGGCAUGCGUCUUAUUGAAGACUUUCUAGCGCGCACAUCCUCACCACGCUGCCUGGAGAUGCGUGAGACGGCGGAUAGAAUACAACAGGGUUUUCGCAUCUACUUGAAUGUUCAGCCCACCAUUUCCAACUGGUCAGCAGCCUCCGAUGAAUUCUCACUGCUCUUUGAUAGCAAUCCAUUAACAGAGUUUGUCGAACUGCCUGCGGAUCUAAGCAAUCUUCGCUACAGCGCCAUACUUAGUGGCUGCAUACGUGGUGCUCUGGAGAUGGUACAGCUGGAGGUGCAAUGCUGGUUUGUGCAGGAUCAACUGAAGGGCGACAAUGUAACUGAGCUGCGAGUUAAGUUUGUGCGACGUCUAGAGGAAGCCAUACCAGCUGGCGAAGAUUAGAUAAAGAGAUAGAGAGUGAAAUGGUUAAACGCUUCUCAUUUAGAGUUUAGUUAAUUAUUUUUGCGUAUAAGCUGCAUUCCAGCAACAUUAAUAACAACAGCAACAAUUAUAAAACCACAAUUUUUAGUUUUAUAUUUUAUUCGACUUUAAUAAUAAUAUCUG